GCACACCGUGUCUUGUCAGUGUGCAGUUCAAAGUCUUUACACGUCAGUGUCAGAGAGGAGAAAACAAGCGAACGUCACUCAAGAUGAAGGUGGUUGGUUUACUACUCGUGGUUUUCCUGGUCUCUACAGAGGCCAGAUUUCCAAAACUUGGCACGUUAUUUGGUAAACUUGGUAUUCCAUCUACCGCCAAAAAAGUCAUGUCCAAGCUUCCAUUUCGUAAACCAGGAGCUGAAUCCGCGACACCCUAUGCUGAACCAUCUGCUAAGAAAUCACCUCCAGCAUUCUGUGACUCGCACGACUGCCCUGAAUUUUAUGAAGUGAAGCAAGACGCGACAAGCUACACGUUGCGAUGUUAUCCUAAGCCGUAUCGCUGGGUCUCCACCUCUGUUACUGGCAGCAACUACAAACAAGUCGGUCGAACCGCGUUCUGGCGACUUUUCAGUUACAUUCAAGGUAACAACGAAGAGCAAAUGAAGAUUAAGAUGACAGUGCCAGUUACAAUGCAAAUCCAUCCAGACACGAAACCCGAAUCCUUCAGCAAGAACGACUAUACCAUGAGCUUCUUCAUCCCGUUCAAACAUCAGAAAGAUGCCCCUGCUCCGUUCGCUGAAGAUGUCCAGCUGACAGUCGUGCAGCCGUUUUGCGCCUAUGUCAGGGUGUACGGAGGUCGCUCUAAUAUCACCAUGAUUGAAGAAAACUACAAAGCCCUCGUGGAAGAUCUGAAGACGAAUGGUCUUGGUGAUGACUUCCGUACAGAUAUGAUCUAUUCCGCCGGGUAUAACGACCCCAAGAGCGUAAAGCAACACAACGAAAUCUGGCUCGUUAGUAAAAGGCAAAGCCCGGCUCCUCUUCCUGAAAACGAGAAAGCUCAGUCAACGUUUGGCAAGUACUUUGGAAAGAUAUUUGGUAAAUUGUCAUUCAAAGAUAUUGAUUUUCCUUCCAUGGCAAAAAAAGUCAUGUCCAAGCUUCCAUUAAUCAAACCAGGAGCAGAAUCCCCCGAGCCCUCUACUGAAACAUCCGUGAACAAAUCGUCUCCGGCAUUCUGUGGCUCAAACGACUGUCCGGACUUCUAUGAAGUAAAGCUGAAAGCGACGGACUACACUUUGCGAUGUUAUCCUGAGCGGUAUCGCUGGGUCUCCACAACUGUCACAGGCGAAGAAUCCAAACAAGCCGGUAAAACUGCUUUCUGGCGGCUUUUCCGAUACAUCGAUGGUAAAAACGCGAAAAAAAUGAAGAUAAAGAUGACAGUGCCAGUAGCAAUGCAAAUCCAACCAGUCGCAGAAUCCGAUUCCUUCUGCAAGAACAACUACACCAUGAGCUUCUUCGUCCCCUUCAAACAUCAGAAAGAUGCCCCUGCUCCGUCAGAGGAUAGUGUCCACCUGACUGUCUUCCAGCCAUUUUGCGCCUAUGUCAGAGUGUAUGGGGGCUAUUCAAACAUGAAGAGGGUCGAGCAACACUACAAUGAGCUGGUGAAAUCUCUGAAGAGGGAUGGCCUGGGCGAGGAGGAUUACCGUACCGAUGCAAUUUAUUCAGCUGGUUAUGACAGCCCCUGGAAGUUCUUAAACCGACACAACGAAAUAUGGCUCAUUAGCAAAAAGCAAAACCCAAUCGAGGAAGAAGUCGAGACCCUGUAAACUAUAAACGAUUGUUGUACUAAAUAGCAAAAGACAUAUACGCUGAAAGAUUUUUCUUAACAACAAAUGAAACAGCAUAUCAUUAUGUCGUGUCACCUGCAGACUUAUGUUAACCUGAAAAUCUUCGUGCCUCUCUUUCAAGAUAAUUUAGUUUUAGCCUAAUUACAAGUGUAACUUGUAAGCCCCACAUGUACGCACUGCGAACCUAAGUCUCAUAACAACAAGCUGAACAACAUAUCUUCAUGUGUUACCUGCAGACUAUUCAGUUUUGUCAUACACGGGUACAGAGUAGUUUACACGCAUGCCUUAAUUUUCUCGUUUUUUGUCGUUAGUAUUGUUUCUCAUUCAACUUUGUGUAUAGCUUUUGAAAUAAAAAAUAUACCAUUAAUUACCCAAA